AUGUCGAAUUUUGGCAGAAGAACCUGGGAUAGAGAGGAAUAUGCUGAGAAGGCGAAAAGCGGUUAUGACGGCCAAUCCUUAAAGUCUACACUAACCCCGAGUGAAUUACAAACUUUAAAAUCCAAAUACAUAAACUACGACCAUUUAAUCAAGGGUUCACUCAAAGAUCUAAAUAGAAGAAAGCUAACAACAAAUACGGACAGUUUAUCAUCCUCUAAGAAAGGAAAGAAGUUCGGGUUUUACUGUGAUAUUUGUAACUUGACUUUUAAAGACACGCUACAAUACAUUGAUCAUUUAAAUCACAAAUUGCAUGCAAUAAAAUUUGAAACCUUGUUUGAUGAGCCACUAAUAAUAGAUACAAGGGAUAAUGAUGAGGUACCGCAAGAGGAGUUCGAACAGUGCUACUACGAUUUGGUGAAAAGAUUCACCGACAUGCGUUCUACAGAGACUCGGUCAAAAAGGAAAAGCUUCUUGAGGGCAGACGUGGGCAAGUCGAAGAAGGCUGUUCGUAGGCCCCCUAUUGAAAAUGAAUCUAAAGUUAGCCAAAUGAUGGGAUUUGCCAACUUUACCACUUCUAAAAAAUGA